UCAGCGAGCUGGAAGUUCAUACAAAGUUGUUACUCUUGUUUUCUAGGCCACAUUUUUACUUUUAGCACUGUUGUCAUUAAAGCUGCUCGCUCUUGAUGUCAGAUAAAAACAAGCGUCCAGCUGAAUACAAAACAAUCUAUGGCAAGAGCAACAGUGUUUUCUGCUGUUUUAUCAAAAAGGAUGCGUGUAAAAUGCUAACAAAACAUUGCCAUCGAUGACUAGGAUGACAUAUCAGUUCCGCACAUAUUUUUGUACUUUUUAAUGAUGUUUCAGACUGCUGAUGACAGAUCAUUGAAUUUUUUUUUUUUGCUUUGACUAUGGAAUCUGGAUGUCUCUGCACAGUUUUGCCCACUUUGUAAAGUAUGUUUUAUACCUAAAUGUAUUGUUGGCUGUAACAUUUUGAAUCGUAAACAUUCCCAGGAAAUUUUGAAAACUUUCCAGAAAGUCAUAAACAUUUCCAAUGCUGCAGAUUUUGCGAUUCUAAUUCUUUAUUUACAUAAAUUGCACUUUAUUACCUGAAUGACAUUUCUUUAACAUAAAAAUAUUUAUAAUCCAAAUAGCUUGCAGCAGAAAAAAAAAAACCCAGGACACCAGUUCAAGCUUUGGUUGAAAUUUGUGGUUUACGUUGAGAUUUUUAACCUGUAUUUUUGGAGAAUAAAAAUGUAUGCAAAGGUCCACAUAAGAACUCACAAUAUCUGCCUGGACGCUCAUCUCAGAGUAGCCGAGGAGAAGGGCCUAUUCUGUGCAUGGCCCAGCAUCAAUCCUCUUAUAUAUUUCUCACUGCUGAGAUGAUUUGUCCUGUGGGACCAGGUUCUUACUGCCACAAAAAGCAGAAGAGGAGAUUGAGGAGUGCCAGUCAGUGGCUUGCUGUCACAUCGAAGCUGCUCUCUGCACCACUAGUAGAACUCCUUGUCACCCGCCUUAUUUUGGAUAAAACCUUUUAAAAAUUUGCCUUUUGUUAUGUUUCUCCAUCUGUGGGCUCUGUGAACCUGACAAAUAUGAAGCGUUUUCAGGCUUGGAAGAGCUCCCUCCCUUUUCUGUCACACUUUAGUAUCUAUAAAAGGUUGGGUAGUAGUAGCAUGCAGCCAGAUGAGGGCUCAGAAUGGCUUCUGGAGCUCCUGAGCGAGGUGCAGUUGCAGCAGUAUUUCCUACGCAUACGUGACGACCUCAACAUCACACGUCUUUCCCACUUUGAUUACGUAAAGAAUGAGGAUCUGGAGAAGAUCGGCAUGGGCCGACCUGGCCAACGGCGUCUUUGGGAGGCAGUAAAGAGAAGAAAAGCAAUGUGUAAGCGCAAAUCUUGGAUGAGUAAGUGUUGGAAUAUCUGGCUCUGGGGUUACUCUGAAAAUAGAACCCACCCACUCAGUAUCGCAUAUCCUUCCACGUUCCAUGCUGGACUAGGACUGUUGACACACGCACUGUACAAGUGUCAGCAGUUGUCCCAGGAUUUCCUUUCUAUGGUGUUCAGUGGAAAACGUCCAGACUCCGAAUUUGCUCCUCUGCCCCAAAGUACUUUUCGAAAACCUCCCAGCCCUCCGCCUCCAGAAGGUCAGCAGGCCCUAACCUGUCUUAUAAGUGAAAAAGACAUCUCCCUUUUUGAAAAGCUUGGUGAUGGGUCUUUUGGAGUAGUUAGGAGAGGAGAGUGGAGCACCCCUAAUGGGAAAAUGUUUAACGUUGCAGUGAAGUGCUUGAAGACUGAUGUCCUUACACAGCCUGAUGCCCUGGAUGAUUUUAUCAGAGAGGUCAAUGCGAUGCACUCACUCGACCAUGUCAAUCUCAUCAGGCUAUAUGGAGUGGUCCUUACACAUCCCAUGAAGAUGGUUACAGAACUUGCUCCAUUGGGCUCUCUCCUGGACCGAUUGCGUAAGAAUCUGGGUUACUUCCUCAUCUCCACAUUAUGUCACUAUGCCAUACAGAUUGCUAAUGGAAUGGCCUACCUGGAAUCCAAACGUUUCAUUCAUCGGGACCUUGCAGCCAGGAACAUCUUGCUUUCGUCAAGUGACUUGGUGAAAAUUGGUGACUUUGGCCUCAUGAGGGCGCUGCCCAAAAAUGAUGAUCACUAUGUCAUGCAGGAACAUCGCAAGGUGCCCUUUGCUUGGUGUGCACCAGAGAGCCUAAAGACUCGCACAUUCUCACAUGCAAGUGACACAUGGAUGUUUGGGGUGACGUUGUGGGAGAUGUUCACUUAUGGACAGGAGCCAUGGAUUGGGCUCAAUGGCAGCCAGAUCCUUCAUAAGAUUGAUAAAGAGAGUGAGCGCCUGGCACGCCCAGAAGACAGCCCACAAGACAUUUAUAAUGUCAUGCUACAGUGUUGGGCACAUAAACCUGAGGAUCGGCCAACAUUUGUAGCGCUGAGAGACUUCCUGGUGGAGGCUCGACCAACAGAUAUGAGAGCGCUGCAAGACUUCCAGGAGCCGGACAAACUGCACAUCCAGAUGGACGAUGUCAUAACUGUCAUCGAGGGCAGGGCAGAGAAUUACUGGUGGAGAGGUCAGAACAAACAAACCUUGAAGGUUGGUCAGUUUCCACGGAACACAGUGACCUCUGUAGCUGGUCUAUCAGCUCAUGAUAUUAGUCGGCCUCUAAAGAACAGCUUCAUCCAUACGGGUCAUGGAGACACUGUGCCCGCUCACUGCUGGGGUUUCCCUGACAAGAUUGAUGAGCUGUACUUGGGAAAUCCCAUGGACCCACCUGACGUUCUAGGACUUGAUCAAGGAACUCCUAGACCAACUCAACUUCCAGGGAGAGCAAAAAGGGAGCCUCCACCUCGCCCUCCUCAACCAGCCGCCCUGGUUAAGAGUAAGUUUCAUCGCUCCCUCCUCCGUGUACCCUGCUUCUGCCCGAUCUGUACUCUCGUAUUUCCUCUCUCUCAAGAACCCACAUACAAUCCUGUCAACGGAGACGACGAUUCUCUUUCAUCUGGAAUAAAGAAGCUCUCUCUCAAGAAAACGUCAACAUCAAAAGGACUAAAAUUGGUUAAACCUUCUGCACGUGUGUCUGGCACCAAAGUGACUGACAGACAGCUGCUUGGCAUCAAGAGUUGCAGUUUUUCUUCAGGAGAUGUGGCCUUGAUAGACUUUGGAGAGGACAUAAGUCCGCUAAGCCCAGGCAUUGUUUCUCCUCUAGUUGAACAGACUGCUCCUUCUUUAGCUAAACUAGCUAUGGAUGCCUUCUCAUUGCUUGAUAAAACUCCUCCUCAGAGCCCCUCACGCUCACUUCCUCGUCCUCUUCAUCCAACUCCUGUGGUUGAUUGGGAUACUAAACCUCUUCCAGCUCCUCCAGCUUACGAUGAGGUGGCACAAGAUGAGGAUGACUUUGAAGUGUGCACUAUAAAUAGUCCUGAUACUCUUACGGCAAACAGAGAAAAGGUAACAAUGAAUCUACUUCAGAGAUCCAGUGAAAAAGGAGAAACUAACUAUGGCUAUGUCCUGGAAGCUGAGAGGGGUCCAGCCAUAAAAGUGGAAGACAAUCUGUUUCUGCCGUCAAAGGAUGUGAAGCAACCCAAUUAUUCUCAAACAUCUGAAAUCUUUGAGGAACUGCAGCAAGAAUGCAUGAAGAGGCUUAAUGUUCCUCCAUCCUCUUCACUGGCAUCAACUCCAAGCCCAAGCUCCUCUGUUGUCAACAUUAAUGUGACUGUAUCAGAGGACAAGCCACAAAUACCCCCAAGAAUACCUAUACCUCCCAGACCAAUUAGACGUAAUGAGCAUGACCGAUGGUCUGGAGAGCUGUCUCCAGCUUUUGGAGCAGAAGAAGUGGGAUGGGCACCAUUAUUGCCUCCACGAGAUCCACUGUCUCAGCCCACAUCCAGGACUCCUAGCCCUAUGGCUUUUCAGGUGGGCUCACCCCAGCAGAGGUCUAACCGCUGUUCUCCCAUGUUCAUUGGGCUUUCUACUUCUCCAGGUAAACCUAUGCCCACUACUCAAAGCUUUGCAUCAGACCCUAAAUAUGCCACUCCCAAAGUUAUACAAGCCCAGGGUAAAGAUGCUUCUAAAGGUCCUUGCAUCUUGCCUAUUGUGAAAGAUGGUAAGAAAGUUAGCAACACUCAUUACUACCUUUUGCCUGAGAGACCUUCAUACUUGGACAAAUAUGAGAAAUUUUUCAAGGAGGCCCGAAGUCCAGAGGAAACUUCAGUGAGUAGAAGUAUCACUACGGCCACUGUUAGACCAAUGGUGCAGCAAAUGGACUGUAAAGCCAACUUUUCAUCUAACAAUAGCAACUGUUCAUCCAAGAGCGCUGUGAAGACCGCCUGUAGUCUGCAAAAGAUUGUUUACGAUGGCCCAGAUAAUUUCAGGCCCACAGAAAAAAUCAGACUGGUUCAGGACAUGGUCCAUGGAGUGACCACAGAGGAGUGUCAGACAGCCCUACAGAACCAUGGCUGGAAUGUUCAGAAGGCUAUCCAGUACCUAAAGGUUGAGCAGUUGUUCUGCCUCGGACUGAAGACCCGAGUGGAGUGCCAUAAAGUGCUGGAGAUGUUUGACUGGAAUCUGGAGACUGCUAGCUCCCACCUUCUGGAGUCUUACAGCAGCUCUCAGCACAAGUGAUGAUGUCAUAACACUUCUGAGGAAGUUGACGAUCUGCACAACAUACACCUACCUGGACUCCCUCGCUUAAAGCAUUCAUGGACAUUGCAAGCGCCUCUUAUUUCGGAACCAGCCCACACAGGGCUUCCUCAACCCUGAAGGGUCAACCGUUUAACCAACCCAGUGUUCUGCUACAUGGACAUGUGUUAAUGUUGAAUCUUCUCUCUUAUAGUGUUUUGUCUGUUUGUUUUCUCUCGCUCUCUUUCCUGUUGUUCAUUUGAAAAACUCAUUGUUUUUAUAAAAAAAGAUGUGUAAUUUUAAUAUAUAAAUAUCUAUAUAUAUGACUAGAUAUAUAUAUAAAUAUAAGAUAUAAAGUUUAUUUGAAGAAAGACCAGAUUGUGGAUAUUCCUAGUUAUGACUUUGAUCUUUCUAUUUUAUGUUGUGGCUACUGUGAAAGAGAUCAAUCAUAAUUGACCAACACAAAGACAGAACGAAGUGGGCAGGGACAUUUUUUUUAAUUAGUUUUAAAUUUACCAGCAGCAAUGUUACAAAUACAAGCUAUGAAUACCUUGAACUGGAAAAAAAUAAUAUUGCAGAGUUAAUUGUUUAUUUUUCUUAUCUAUCAGAAAAUGUGGUUUUGGUUUUAUUUAUAGUUACCACCAUACAUUUAAUGUGGUUUGGUAAUAGCCUGGGAACUAUAGGCAGCUGCAAGAUUUUGGUGAUUUAGCCACAAAAUUUAAAGCAGCAUUUAUUUUAAAUAAACCUGGUUUUGCCUUCUUUUUUUUUUUUAACCUGUUUUAAAUCUAGCAGUGAAGUUGGCAAAAUCUCAAAGCUGCUUGCUAUUUAAAGACUAAUGCAUUUUAGCCUUUAGCUCAAAAUCACAGGAUAUACUAUUCAUAAAUCAUAUUGUCCCCUUCAGUGAAAAAAGUAAUAAAUAUUGCCUCCUAUAUUAAAUUAUUUAAACAUUGUUGUUACAUGAGUACUAAAAUGAAUAUUGCACCUCUCAAGAUGAACUGACUUGGCAUCUGGAAGAGCUUGUUUGCAGUCCGUCUAUUCAAAAUGUGUUUUUUUCUAUUACAUUAAAUAAAGAAAAAUAGUAGGUUUUUAUUAGGGAACAUCCUUACCAAAAUAAUUCUGGGUACAAUAUUUUAGUGACAAUUCAGCAGUGUUAUUUCAAUAAUUUAAUAAAGGAAGCAAAAUUAUUUUAUUAAAGGGGGCAAGAUUUAUUAUGUGAUAAAUAUAUUUCAGUGAACGGGGCAAUAAUAUUUAUUACAUUUUCUAAAGGGGGCAAUAAUAUUUAUGAACUGUUCUAAAGGGGACAAUAAUAUCGAUUUGUGUACCUAAAGGAAGGAGUAUUAAAAAUCUAUUUCUAUAAA